UGUGAUUAUCGGAUAAAUAUGGCGUCUGGCUUCAACACAACUGGUAACAAACGGUAGCAUGUUAGCGAUCUAUUCUAUAGAAAUCUGUGAUUACAACUUCUAUGUCAUUACGAUAGAAAACGAAGAAUGUUGUGCGAAUAAAACUGCGAGUAAUCUAAGAAGGUACAUUUAUAAGUGUUCUAGCACGGAUGUAGAUAUGGAAAGUGCGAGUCAAGGACGUAAUUCAUUUAGAAAAGAUUGCAUCUUUUCUCUAUUUUGUGGCAAUUAUUUCAUGGUAAAUCGUCACCAUAUUUUUGGCAGCUCACACAAUAAUAGAUAUUUAUAUUUAAUUAAUGAUUCGUAUCAUUUAUGUAUUAUUCAAUAAUACAACAAUGAAAUA